AUGGAGCCCAAACUAGAAUCCGUCAAGUCUGAACACGCCUCCAUACCAGUGCAUGAGCAAUGGGAGCAUUGGAAUAACGUGCUUCCAAAAUCCGAUAUGUCCAAUCCCAUUCCUGUAGCAAAUGAUCUGGAGGAGGAGAUCCGCCAGGCUCAAGCCCAGCUAGCCCAGCUGAAGAAGCAGCGAGAGCUCAUUGAUAUCCAGCAGAAAGUUGCCGAAGAGAGAAAUAAAUUGGAGCAGGCUCGAUCUCGACUCUUAGCUACAACCAAUGAGACCAAGAUAAUCUCAACUUUUACUCCCACCACUCCAGCUUCUACACCUUCCAGAGACUCGAACCCGAAUAACAACGCCCAUACUGAAGGGCCUCAAAAGAAGCCUUGCCUCGCUCGAAUUGAGCCGCCCACUGCUCCCUCCCACCACCAUGAUCGCCGUUCCGCCGACCCUCAGACACCAAGGCCUACUCAACCGAAGCAUCUUCAAGCGAAGCCGGCUUCCGCUCAAGGGAAGCCAGCUCAGGCGAAACCACCCCAGCCUAAACCCACGCCCAAGGUCACAAAGAACAAUAUCUCCAGUCUUAGUCUUGAGGAGCUGCGAGCACUGGCCGCCGCUAGUCGGUCUCCUGCUGCCCCCAAGGCCGAGAUGGUCGAGAGUACUCAAUCGCCCGUCCGAGCCUUCAACCCCCCAACUCAGCCAGCCUCCCAUGCCUCUGCUCCACCAGUGCCCAACGUUGCAGUAUACAAUGGACGGUCUCUGGGGGAGUUCAAGAAUUACACUAUCGGUCUCGACCGACACUUCGAUAAAUAUUCCGAUUGGUAUAGGGACGAAGAGAACAAAGUCACCCGUGCCCUUAAGCACAUCACCCUGACUCUCGAGGAUGACUGGAAGCGACACAUACUCAAUCAGUCCCCCGACCAAAACACAUACGCCAAGCUCCGCACCUUUUUGAUUCACCAGAUCAACAAGGGAUGUAAUCCAGGGACUGCCAAACAACGCUACCUCGACAGCUUCCAGCGGGACGGCCAAUCGGUGGCGGAUUUCUCCAACUGGAUGCAGCAGUGGGAACCCCAUUUUAAGAACGACUUCUCCGAACGUGAUCGUAUGCGCCACAUCUUCGAACAUCUGAAGACCCGCGUUCGCAAUGAGGCUGACAAGACCUACCUCGACUUCACCAAUUAUGAUGACUUUGUCGACUACUUGGUGCGGGUAGAGGAGUCCGUCGAGCGCGGCGGUAGAGACAGCAACCCUCGGAAGCGAUCUCGGCACGACUAA